CGGAGGCCCAGGUGAAAGGAAGUGGUCCCACCGUGCAGCAGUGAGAAAAACGGGACAGCCUCAGUGAAUGGCAGCGAGCAGAUCCACGAAUGUAUUUAUUCCUAUUCACCCAAGACGAUCAAUUAAACAGCGAACGUAAGAGCUGUUGAAGCCAUUCACUAUCCACGCCACAUAUGAUUUGUUAUAGGAGGUUUCAUCCCAAUCUAAUGUCUAAUGUGCUAAAGAGACAUUAAUCAUGGAGUGCAGAUUCUGUGUUCUCUGCUCUCCCAGGAAGCCUCUGUCAUAUUCUUGAACUUCUCCAAAGAGGUGCACGAUGAAAUGAGAUAGAGUGGCCGAUUGGAGGAGCACCUCACCUCCAGAGUUUGAUCAUGGCCGGCCUUCAGCUGGUCACUCCCGCCUCCUCACCCAUGGGGCCGUUCUUUGGGUUGCCAUGGCAGCAGGAGGCUAUCCAUGAUAACAUCUACACACCAAGGAAAUAUCAGGUAGAACUUCUUGAAGCAGCUCUUGAACAUAAUACUAUCGUCUGCUUGAAUUCUGGCUCAGGGAAGACGUUUAUUGCAGUACUUUUAACAAAGGAGCUCUCCCACCAAAUCCGUGGACACUAUGAUGAAAAUGCAAAGAGGACCGUUUUUCUUGUGAACUCAGCCGCAUCUGUGAUUCACCAGGCAGCGGCAGUCCGAACGCACUCUGACCUCCAGGUGGGAGAGUAUAUUGAUGUGGAGCAGACCUCAGAGUGGAGCGAUGAGCGAUGGAGACAGGAGAUCAGAGAGAAUCAGGUGCUGGUGAUGACAUGUCAUAUAUUCCUGCACAUCUUAAAAAACAAAAUCUUACCGCUGUCAAAAAUCAAUUUGGUUGUAUUUGAUGACUGUCACCUGGCUAUCACAGAGCACCCAUACUGUGAGGUGAUGAAGCUUUUUGAAGGCUGUGGAAGCCCUCGUGUCCUGGGUCUAACAGCCUCUAUUCUCAAUGGGAAAUGUGACCCACUGGAGCUCGAGCACAAAAUACAGAAUUUGGAGCAAAUCCUCAAAAGCAACGCUGAAACUGCCACAGACCUUGUUGUCUUGGACCGAUAUGCCUCCCAGCCAAGAGAGGUGGUUCUGGACUGUGGCCCGUACGUGGACAGGAGUGGGCUCUCGUCACGUCUGCAGAAAGAGCUCAAUGAAGCGCUGCAUUUUCUCAACGACUGCAACAUCCCAGUGUCCAGAGAGGACCGGGACCCCACCUUCAUUUCCAAACAGGUGUUGGGAGACUGUCAGGCGGUACUGCAGGUGCUGGGGCCCUGGUGCGCAGAUAAAGCUGCUGGAAUUAUGGUCCGCGAACUCCAGAAGUACAUCAAACACGAACAAGAGGAGCUGACGAGAAAAUUCCUCCUCUUCACGGACACCAUCCUCCGAAAAAUCCACGCUCUGUGCGAAGAACAUUUCUCCCCCGCCUCCCUAGACCUCAAGUUUGUCACGCCCAAAGUACUGAGACUGCUGGAGAUCCUACACGAAUACAAGCCUUUCGAGAGACAGCAGUUUGAGAGUGUGGAGUGGUACAAUAAUCGUAACCAGGAUAAUUACGUGUCCUGGAGCGACUCGGAGGAUGAGGACGAGGAUGAGGAGGUGGAGGCCAAAGAGAGACCAGAGGCGAACUUCCCCUCGCCCUUCACCAACAUCCUGUGUGGGAUCAUCUUUGUGGAGAGGAGAUACACAGCUGUGGUCCUAAACCGUCUUAUCAAAGAGGCGGGCAAACAGGACCCCGAGCUCGCCUACAUCAGCAGCAACUUCAUCACAGGCCACAGCAUCGGCAAGAACCAGCCUCGCAACAAACAGAUGGAAGUGGAGUUCAGGAAGCAAGAGGAGGUUCUCCGAAAGUUCAGAGCUCAUGAGACCAACUUGCUGAUCGCUACCAGUAUCGUGGAGGAGGGCGUAGACAUCCCCAAGUGUAACCUGGUGGUGCGGUUCGACCUGCCAACGGAGUACAGGUCCUACGUCCAGUCCAAAGGAAGGGCCCGGGCACCUGUGUCCAAUUACAUCAUGUUAGCAGACAGCGAAAGAACCAAGGCUUUUGAGGAGGAUCUCACCACUUACAAGGCCAUAGAGAAGAUCUUGAGAAACAAAUGCUCAAAGUCAGUGGAAGUUGGAGAGUUUGAAGUGGAGCAGAUUCUGGACGAUGACAACAUCCUCCCUCCGUAUGUGCUGCGGACUGAAGACGGAGGGCCCAGGGUCACCAUUAACACGGCCAUCGGGCACAUCAACAGAUAUUGUGCGAGGCUGCCCAGUGACCCUUUCACACACUUGGCUCCCAAAUGUAAAACAGUAGAGACAAAAGAUGGGCGCUUCCAAUCAACUCUGUUUUUACCCAUCAACUCCCCUCUCCGUGCCCCAGUGAAGGGCCCUGUGAUGAACUGUGCUCGACUGGCAGAGAAAGCUGUUGCAUUGAUGUGCUGUGAGAAGCUUCACAAAAUAGGGGAGCUGGAUGAUCACCUGAUGCCUGUGGGGAAGGAGACUGUGAAGUAUGAAGAGGAGCUGGACCUUCAUGACGAAGAGGAGACCAGUGUCCCAGGGCGACCCGGCUCCACCAAGAGGAGGCAGUGUUACCCAAAAGCCAUACCAGUGUGUUUGAGAGACAGUUAUGCUGUGCCAGGACAGACCUAUUACCUGUAUGUGAUUGGGAUGGUCCUAACGACACCUCUGCCUGAUGAGUUAAACUUCAGGAGGAGGAAGCUGUACCCCCCAGAAGACACCACCAGAUGUUUUGGGAUCCUCACCGCCAAACCUAUACCUCGAAUCCCUCAUUUCCCUGUGUACACUCGCUCUGGAGAGGUGACCAUCUCCAUCGAGCUGCAGAAGUCCGGCUUCACUCUGACCCCGGGGCAGUUGGAUCUGAUCACGAGGCUGCAUCAGUACAUCUUCUCCCACAUCCUGCGUCUGGAGAAACCCGCCCUCGAGUUCAAACCUGUACUCGCCGACUCUGCUUACUGCGUUCUACCUCUGAAUGUUGUUGGUGAGUCCAAUACUCUGGAUAUGGACUUUAAGUUCAUGGAGGACAUAGAAAAGUCUGAGGCGCGCACUGGCAUCCCCACUACUCAGUACACCAAACAGACCCCCUUCACCUUCAAACUGGAGGACUACCAGGAUGCCGUCAUCAUUCCAAGGUAUCGUAACUUUGACCAGCCUCAUCGCUUCUACGUGGCCGAUGUGUACACAGACCUAACACCCCUGAGUAAGUUCCCUUCACCAGAGUAUGAGACAUUUGCAGAGUAUUACAAAACCAAGUACAACCUGGACCUAUCCAACCUCAACCAACCACUGCUGGAUGUGGACCACACCUCCUCCAGAUUAAACUUGUUAACCCCUCGACAUCUGAACCAAAAAGGCAAAGCUCUGCCCCUGAGCAGUGCAGAGAAGAGAAAGGCCAAAUGGGAGAGUCUGCAGAACAAACAGAUUUUGGUCCCCGAGCUCUGUGCCAUCCACCCCAUCCCCGCGUCCCUGUGGAGGAAGGCAGUGUGUCUGCCCAGUAUCCUGUACCGCCUCCACUGCCUCCUCAUCGCAGAAGAGCUGCGCUCUCAGACCGCCACUGAGGCUGGGGUGGGCUCCCAGACUCUGCCCCCAGACUUCAGAUAUCCAAACCUCGAUUUUGGCUGGAAAAGAUCCAUUGACAGUAAGACGUAUAUCUCCUGUUCUGAGUCAUGUGAGGGAGAUGACGAAGGUCACUGUAAUCACCAAGAAACUGAAACCUCCGACCCUCCAGUGAACUCUGACCCUCAGAUGAACUCUGACGAACCCUGCACCAGGAACCUAACAAAUGGCACUGCCACCGUCACCCCGUGUGACAAAGGCCACCCACAAGAGCACCUUCACCCACAUGACAAUUGCCAACGCUCCCAGCCCAGCGCCGCUGAGCGGGCCAGCCCUGAAUCAAUACAAAUCACUACCUCAGUUCCUGUGCAGCCCGCUCCUCGCUCCUGUCCUGAAGAUGAUUGUACCCGGAGGACCUCAGAUCUCCCAGAUAAAGCUACCUCAGUCUGCCCCCGGGCCCUCACAGCACCUUGUCCUGCUCCGGCAGGAGACUCUCCCAAAAGCCUGGGGCCCAACCCGGGGCUCAUCCUGCAGGCCCUCACCCUGUCCAACGCCAGCGACGGCUUCAACCUGGAGCGGCUGGAGAUGCUCGGAGACUCUUUUCUGAAGCAUGCCAUCACCACAUACCUGUUCUGCACCUACCCCGAUGCCCACGAGGGGCGCCUCAGCUACAUGCGCAGCAAGAAGGUGAGCAACUGUAACUUGUACCGCCUGGGGAAGAAGAAGGGCCUGCCCAGUCGGAUGGUGGUGUCCAUCUUUGACCCCCCUGUGAACUGGCUGCCCCCUGGAUACGUGGUCAACCAGGACAAGAGCAGCACCGACAAACUGAACUCAGACGAGCCCAAAGAGGAGGUCCUGUCCAACGGUCAGCCCGGGAUGGACUCUGACGACGAGUGUGAAGAGGAGGAAGAGGAGGAGCUGCUGAUGAAGGACGAGCCAAAGGACGAAGUCAACAUGGAGGACGAGCUCGAGUACUACAAGGAGCACAUCAGGUUUAUCGACAACAUGCUUCUGGGCUCCGGCGCCUUUGGCAAAAAGAUCUCUCUGAGCACCUUCACCCCCACCCCCCCUCCAGGCCCCGGCCCUGACUCCCCGUACGAGUGGAAGACCCCCAAGAAGCCCCCUCCCCACAGCUCCGCGCACUACCAGUCCGAGUCUACCCACAGCGGCCCAUCCGAGGAAUUCGACUACAGCUCCUGGGAUGCCAUGUGCUACCUGGACCCCAGUAAGGCGGGAGAAGAGGACGAUUUCGUGGUGGGCUUCUGGAACCCCUCGGAGGAGAACUGCGGAGCGGAGCUGGGGAAGCAGUCGAUUUCGUACGAUCUUCACACAGAGCAGUGCAUCGCGGAUAAGAGCAUAGCGGACUGUGUGGAGGCGCUGUUGGGGUGCUACCUGACCAGCUGUGGAGAGAGGGCAGCCCAGAUGUUUCUGUGCUCACUGGGCCUCAAGGUGCUACCACUGGAGAGGAGCAUCUUGGAGAGCCGCCCCACCUCCCUCCUCCCCUCCCACCACAUCCAGGCUCUGGACCUGGGCUACGGCUGGCUCAAGAUCCCCCCGCGCUGCAUGCUGGACCACCCCCACGCCCAACGCACCCUCCUCCACCUCAUCUCCGGCUUCGAGAACUUUGAGAAGAAGAUCAACUACACAUUUCAGAAUAAGGCCUAUCUUUUGCAGGCCUUCACCCACGCCUCCUACCAUUACAACACCAUCACAGAUUGUUACCAGCGGCUGGAGUUUCUUGGCGAUGCAAUCCUAGACUACCUCAUAACUAAGCACCUUUAUGAAGAUCCACGGCAGCACUCGCCCGGCGUGCUCACAGACCUGCGAUCCGCCCUCGUCAACAACACCAUCUUUGCCUCUCUGGCCGUGAAGUACGACUAUCACAAGUACUUCAAGGCCAUCUCCCCCGAACUGUUCCACGUCAUCGAUGACUUCGUGCAGUUUCAGCUCGAGAAGAACGAGAUGCAAGGGAUGGACUCUGAGCUGCGGCGCUCCGAGGAGGACGAGGAGAAAGAGGAGGACAUCGAGGUGCCCAAAGCGAUGGGGGACAUCUUUGAGUCUCUGGCCGGAGCCGUUUACAUGGACAGCGGCAUGUCCCUGGAGACUGUGUGGCAGGUGUAUUAUCCAAUGAUGAGGCCACUUAUAGAAAAAUUCUCUGCCAAUGUGCCACGCUCUCCCGUGAGAGAGCUGCUCGAGAUGGAGCCAGAAACUGCCAAGUUCAGCCCUGCAGAGAGGACCUACGACGGAAAAGUGCGCGUGACGGUGGAGGUCGUGGGGAAGGGCAAGUUCAAGGGCGUGGGGCGGAGCUACCGUAUCGCCAAGUCCGCCGCCGCCCGCCGUGCCCUGCGCAGUCUCAAAGCCAAUCAACCUCAGGUCCAAAACAACUGAGCUACACCACAGCUCACUGCAUUAGCACCUAAGCUAACGACGCACUUCCUGACACGGCGCGACGCUAGCUAGCCCCGUUAGCCUUUUUCGAUGGCGCAACCAAGGCAACCAGUCCGGAGGAGAAGAGACGAGGAGAAACACGGAGACGGAGCUCACGCAGAUUUCAUUACUAUCAUCGGAUUAUUUACAUUUUUAAUUUGCGCAGACACAAUCUUUUUACUUUCCUUUUCUUCGUUAAUCACGUGAGUGCUUUAUUAACGUUUAGCAAAAGUGUUUUAAAAAAUGAAAAUAAGGUCAGGUCGCUAUGUCUAUUCCGCAUUGUUUUCGGUAAUGUCCGUGAGAUGAGGCUUACUGUUGCUUUUUGUGUAGUAUUAGAUUUGUAAAUAGUUCAAUCAAAAAAAAAAAAGUGUAAAUCAAAAGAUGUAGGAAAAAAAUAUACAAAAAAUGUGAAAAAGACAAAAAAACGAAACGCUAAACUCCUCAGCCUGUGCACUAGAGCCAGUCCGUUUUGAACCUGGCACACAGAAACCACUGGAGCAACUCAAAACCUGGUGGCACCUCCUUCUCUUGAAAUGGUUUCCUGAAAUCAUUUUGCACUUACUCCAUCUUAGGAUCUGUUAUUUUGACAAUUGCGUGGUCACGUUGACACCAAAAUCAUAUAAGUAGCAAAGUAUAUAAAUCUAUUUAAAAAAAAAAAAAGAAUUAUAAGUGAUAGUCCUGAAUAGGAAUUUUCAACAUUCCCAGUUACUGUAAUUUAGUUUUUAAAGCGCAUGUUCUUGUAGCUAUAAUGUAAAAACCAUGACAACUGGAUGGCUUCUAUUAUAAAUGUUGAAAUCUAUGGAUAUAUCUAGACCGUGUGUGAGAAAGCGAGAUCUCUAUGGCAUUAUCUUGGUGACUUUUGGUUUCUCGUGUUUUGAUACUAGAACGAAUGGUGACAAUAUUAUAUCAUUUUGCUCUGUCUUUCCAGUUUUUAUAUAUAUAUAGAAAGACAUCACAUGUAAAAAAAAAAAAAACAACAAAAAUAAUGCUGCAGACUUUUUUCUAAACAAUUGGAAAUUUUUCAGAUACCGCCAAUCAUUUCAAUCGCACUAGUUACUUUGCAUCCCAUAUUUACCAAAGCAACCGUAUAUGACGCUAUAUAAGGCUCUAGACUCCUUGAUAACGCAAGGAAGCCAGACUUUCAUACAAAUUCUGCUUUUUUUUUGCCUUUUUUUCUCAUCAGUAAGCCCUUUUCACUAAAAUACCUCAGUUAAUUGCAUGCAUUUUCUAUCUAUAUAUUUUGUUUUGUUUGGUGCUAUGUUUUUUUUUUUUUUGUAUUAAGCUUGAAUUUCUCAACCUUUUUGCACUGUAACUAUAAUACCUCUUUUGACUUUUUUUUUUUUUUUGGAAUCUGUUUUGGUUGUCUUGUUUGCCAGCCAUCAAAGCUGCAAAAGAGCGCUGCGUCCGUGUCCCCCCGCCCCCCCCCACCCCACACCUAACCCUCCCCCUUCCCAUACUUGAGGUUGAUUUAAACUUUGGGGGAGAUGGCGAAAUGUCUACCCUGCACGAAAGCUUUUAUAUCAUUUGGAUAAAUCGGUGAGCAAAAAGUUUGAUCAAAUUAAUGCUUGUAUAGGUAAUCGGAUUGCACUCUGAAAUUUUAAGCUACAGUUUUUGUAUUUCUGAACUUGACGAAAAAUAUAAAAAAUGUCUGCCGGUCAAGUAGUCCCACCCAAAGGUGCCUCUACCUCAUGUGACGGUGCACUGGAGUCGUAUUAUAACUGUGGCAGUGGCAGGUCCGUGAGCUCUAGGCUGUAGAAUCACUAACUCUGAAUGCUCCAAUGGUGUGCCUUUUCAGUGAGCAACCGGCCUCAGCAAAAGUGAAUGGAAGUAACAGGAUAAUGCUUUUGUUUACUGAGUUAUUAUUAUUAUUAUAAUAUAUAUUCACACUGUUAUUGCAAGUAAUUAUAAAAUUAGAGCUCAUACUGUUAUACUUUUUAAAUGCUUUUGGACACAUUUGGUGUGGACCUUUUUAACUUCAAAUACAAAUUCAAAAACUUACUAAAUAUUUGAAGGUACGAUAUAGAAUUUUUUUAUUUAAAAUUUGGGAAACAUGACCUAUCUGUUACCCCUGAUGUGUGGUACACGUUAAAAUCAACUAUUGACUAAAACUAUCAACUAUUAAUGCAGAUUUAUUCUUAAUUACAAAAACAGUGGACGUGAUGGACAGUUGCUUAUGUUAUAAUUUGGUGAUUCAGGUCUGAAGACGAUGAUCCAAUCAGAAAGCAGAAUGAGCCUCACAUGAGUCUCAUUUCGGUUGCCAGUUUCAAUCCAGUUGGUUUAAAAUCUAAUGCCUCAGAUCUGAAUGGUCAUUACGUAAACCCCAGCAUUAAGCAGUGCUAGUGCAUCCUCUGCCGCUCAUGGAGGGAAUUCUGGAGGUUCUGAGCUUUCCUAAAAGGUCUGUCCGUAUACUGAGAAUGAGAAAAACUUGGAUGUUUUCUCUAAAUGCAGGUUAAGCCACUGGCAGCCUAGAUUCAGUUGUGAUUGUGCUUCCUUUUUAAACCAGAAAGAGCGCCGGGUAUGUACUAUAACUUUUAAGCUACAACAUGUUUUAAAUUCAAUCUUUAAAGUAGAAUACUGGAUGUAAGAUCUCACAGUCACUCUUUGCUGAGCCUGGUUUCCUACUGUUUGCCAAAAAGCUUGUUUAAUUUCGUGUGCCAUACCUGUCCAUCUGGUGCACCUAUUCCCCCAUGUGAAUUCGAGAUGUGAAAAAAAAACCCAAUGUGAAUCCACUGCUGGCUUAGAGCUUCAGUAAUCCUGUCACUGCCCUCAACAAAGUGCAGUCUGUCAGCAGUUCUCAAGCCCGGUGUCGCCCCCUGUUGUCCACGAGUAUAACGACACCUCGAUAUGACUUUCCCCUGUCACAAAAAAAAACAAAAAAAAAAACAAUGGUGGAGUUUUGAGUGCAUUUGGCUUUCAAUGUAGAGGGAGGGAUUUACGAAGCUUAACGAAUGUGAAAUUGAGCAUACACAGUGCCACACCUAUAAUAAUUUUGUGUCUUGAUUUUAAUUAUAACAAAAAUACAUGUAAGCCUAAUGUGGCGUCUGUACCCAAACUUGUAUAUUUUUAAAUUGUUUGCAAAAAGUAGUGUCAUUACAAUUAACUACUUUCAGGCAAUUUUACUUUCAUUUUCUUUUAUUAUUUUGUACAUGUAGCACAAUCGAGCAUUGCACUUGGGCGCCAUACGUUACCUCAUGUCAAGAGUGUGAAAGGGAGAGAGAGGAUAGUCGGAGAAAAAUAAGAUUUGUAAAUACAGUUUUAAGAUGCCGUGACGUCUGUAGUAUUUGUCCGCUGGUAUUAUUUGACAAAUGUGUUUUUCAAUGGACAGUAAAGAGCUGUGUGAGUAUACGGACAUGCAAGAUCAGACAGUAAAAGUGCAUUGUGUAACUUCUCGGUUAGGGGUCCGUUACCUGCUUGUUUCUAUGAAUAUGUCAGUUCUCUGCCUGGAAUGUUCCACAGUAUGCCAUCUACCUUACAUUUAUUCAAUUACAGGUGGUUUUAUAGCUCUAAAAAUCUAGAAAAACAGGCUUAACUUGGUCUGGUUUGGUCUUCUUGAAGAUAGAAAGGUUUAAUACCGAACUGUGAAACAUUCCAGACAAGCCAAUAACAUCUCCAUGGAGAAAAGCAUUUGAUGGACCCUCCACCCGAAAAGUUACACAAUGUACCUUUAAUGUUUCAUCAGUGGUGCAUGUUUCUUAUUGUUUUGCACAGUCCUUUGUUGAAAACCUAUUAGGAAAGAUCCCCUCUAACUGCUGCACUAACUAUAUGGAUUCAUUUAAACUAAAACUAUAUAAACUUAUUCAUUUACGCUAUGUAUUUUAACUGCAAAUGUUAAUUUAAAGCUGCACUAUGUAACUUUUCCAAAUGGAUACUUUUUUUAUAGCUUUGCCUCAGAUGGUGCCACCUAGUGCCUCCGUUCAAUUUCAUUUCUCUCCAGCGACUAGGCCAGGAAUCAAAAUACAAUAGACGGUUCGCAAAAACCCCGGAAGUGCAAGUUCGGGCACCAGCCAAUCUGCGACGUGUGAUACAUUCAGUGUUGUCAACAAUUCCCGAGAUUGAGGAUUUAAACAAAGAGCAUGUUUGGUGAAUUUUAUCAAGGGGAAAGACGUUCUUUCUCACACGGGAUUUGGGAAAAGUACAUCACGACCAAAUAGCAGCGAUUGGUUAAAUGAUAAAAAGUACCCGCCUACCGUCGAGCGAACGAAUUCUAACACCGCGAGGUCAGACGGUUUGUACGAAGUGAAACAAAGUAAAACCGACUGAUGAAUCAGGCUAGGGAUGUUCCACAGUACGGUAUGGAGAGCCAAGCUCGCUCAAAGUAAGAAUGCAUGUUUUUCAAGGUAUUUUUGACUAAUGAAAACACUGACUAAUUGAAAGAGAUUGCUCAAAGUUACAUAGUGCCUCUUUAAGUUGUGUUUCAAAGUUGUGUUCAGAUUCAGACAUGCAAAACAACACAAAUAAAUGCAUUGUGAAAUUAUAGGAUGACUUUUUCUUAACACCUGCCAUUUACAGAGCAGUAUUUCACCUAUUUGCCAUAGUUUUGUAUUUUUGCCCUUCCUGCAGGGUCGGACUGGGGCCAAAAAACAGACCUGGACUUUUCCCCCACAAAUCGGCCUACGGUGGAAAUUGAGCCGUGGUCUGAGGUUGCCCACCAGGCAUUUUCCCAGUUCGAGCCUGCCUUCCUGACACAGCCUUUCGUUUACCUGGUUUUAAAAACUACUUACAAAUUUAAAUAUGCAAAUUAUUUUACUUUGAGGACAAAAAGUUGCUUAAAAAAGUUUUCAUUUUAGCGUUUAAAUAUUGUAGUUUCUCUUGAUACGUUACUGCCCUUUUUAUUUUAAAUACUCUUCCAAAAUCGUCCUCUUUUAAAUUGUUACGUAGUUGUAUUUGAAAGCCUUGACAAUUUAUUUUAACUUACCAGCAAAUAAUAGUGGGGAUUUUUCCUUAUACGUUUGAAAGUGUUAACUAUAACGACAAUGAUUCAAGUCUGAGUUUUGAAGGCAUCUGGAUGAGUAAAAAACUUGUAAAGCCAGCAUGGAUUUUAGAGCGGUGACAAAGUGGACGGAGCGUGUAGUAUUUCAGUCACCAAGCAGCUAAAAACACCAGCAAAACGAAUGGAUCAAAAUGAACUGUCAGUGGAGGAAAAAUGGGCCAUCGUAAUCUGCAGCAAAUGUUUAAAAGUGCGUUGUGUAACUUUUCAGGUGCAAGGUCUGUCGUCUGAUUUUUUUUCUUCCAUGGAGACUAUCGCUUUGCGUGAAAUGUUCCUCAAUAGCAUUAAUCUUAUCUAUCUUGCUUUUAUUCAAUUACAGAUGUUUUUAUUGCUUAAAACACAAACAGAUCUGACGUGUAACUUGGCUUGGCGGUGUCACUUUUUUUUUUUUUUUUUUGUCUACAUCCAGAUAAGACGCGUUUAAUGCAAUACUGUGGAGGAUUCUGCAACAUCUCCAUGGAGACGAGGAAGUAACAGACCCUCCACCAGAAAAGUUACACAGUGCACCUUUAAGGGACAAUGUAAAGGACUCCUCACUCAUACUGUAAUACCGUGCUGCAGUGGUUUGCGGUCUGCACCUUAUGGAUCACAGAUACCUUUAUUGUCUUUUAUUAUUAUUUUUUCCUUUUUUUUUCUUUUGUAAUUGUAGCCCAAUAUAUCUACAAUAAAAGUAAUGGUAUGGUCAUUA